ACUUUAUUUAGCCAUGUCAAGAAAGAGCAAGGGUCGCCAAAAGUUGGAGAUGGUAAAAAUACCAAAGGAAAGCAAUCUUUUGGUUACCUUCUCCAAACGUAAGUAUGGCGUUUUCAAGAAAGCUAGUGAACUUGCCACUCUUUGUGGUGCUGAAAUCACUAUUAUAGUCUUCUCACCUGGCAGGAAAAUCUUCUCUUUUGGUCACCCUUCUGUUGAAACAGUUAUUGAUCGUUUUCUUAGCGGAAACCCUCCCCCAACCUCAGGUGCUAUGCAACUUGUUGAAGCUUACCGCCAUGCCAGGGUCUGUGAGCUCAAUAUGGAGCUCAAUCAGAUUGUCACCCAGUUGGAAAUGGAGAAGAAGCGAGGUGAAGAGCUAGAGCAAAUGGGGAAUGUUAGCGAGGAUCAGCGCUGGUGGGAGUCCCCAAUAGAGGAACUAGACUUGCCAAGGCUUGAGCAGCUUAAGGCAUCUCUAGAGGUGCUUAGGCAGAAUGUCACAAAGCGAGCUGAGCAGGUUUUGAUGCACACCACAAAUCAUCCUCUUCAAUUUUAUACUCCAAAACCUGGCACUGGGCCUCUUCCUUUUGAUCCAAAGAGUGAAGGGUUCAACACAAACAUGAUGCCUGCUUACAACUUCAAUCUUGGAUUUCACAAUGGAAAUGAAUUAUUUUAACUAAAAAUUCUUGCCUAGAGAUUCAAGAUACAACAUGUAUGAUA